UUUAAGGGACCAGGUUCCCAGUCUGUUGUAAGAGGAUCUUUCCUGAUUCUAAGUGUCUGGACAAGUAUUCCUUCAAAAGCCUGCAAGCCGUGGGGCAGCCAUGGGGCUGCUGAUUGGAGAUGACCUCUGGGCUGUGGUCAUAUUCACAGCCAUCUUCUUGCUUCUGGUGGACCUGGUGCACCGGCACAAAUUCUGGACUGCCCACUACCCUCCCGGCCCUGUGCCACUCCCUGGGCUGGGAAACCUGCUGCAGGUGGACUUUGAGAACAUGCCAUAUAGCUUAUACAAGCUUCGAAGCCGCUAUGGUGACGUGUUCAGCCUACAGAUAGCCUGGAAGCCUGUAGUUGUGAUCAACGGGCUGAAGGCCGUGCGGGAACUGCUGGUGACCUAUGGAGAGGACACUGCUGACCGCCCCCUACUGCCCAUCUAUAAUCACCUGGGCUAUGGGAACAAAUCAAAAGGUGUGGUCCUUGCACCUUACGGACCUGAGUGGCGAGAGCAGAGACGAUUCUCUGUGUCCACCCUGCGUGACUUCGGCGUGGGCAAGAAAUCGCUGGAGCAGUGGGUGACAGAGGAGGCCGGCCACCUCUGUGACACCUUCGCCAAGGAGGCUGAACAUCCCUUCAAUCCCAGCAUCCUCCUGAGUAAGGCUGUGAGCAACGUGAUUGCCUCCCUUGUUUAUGCUCGUCGAUUUGAGUAUGAGGACCCUUUCUUCAACAGGAUGCUCAAAACAUUGAAGGAGAGCUUUGGAGAGGACACCGGCUUCAUGGCAGAGGUGCUGAACGCAAUCCCAAUUCUCCUUCAGAUUCCUGGGCUGCCUGGCAAAGUCUUCCCCAAGCUCAAUUCAUUUAUAGCCUUAGUGGAUAAGAUGUUAAUUGAGCACAAGAAAAGCUGGGAUCCUGCCCAGCCGCCCCGAGACAUGACUGAUGCCUUCCUAGCAGAGAUGCAAAAGGCCAAGGGGAAUCCUGAGAGCAGCUUCAAUGAUGAAAAUCUGCGCUUGGUGGUGAUUGACCUGUUCAUGGCGGGGAUGGUGACCACCUCAACCACACUGUCCUGGGCCCUUCUGCUCAUGAUCCUGCAUCCAGAUGUGCAGCGCCGAGUCCACGAGGAGAUUGAUGAGGUCAUAGGGCAGGUGCGUCGUCCAGAGAUGGCAGACCAGGCACGAAUGCCGUUCACCAAUGCUGUCAUCCAUGAGGUGCAGCGCUUUGCAGACAUCGUCCCGACAAAUAUACCACAUAUGACAUCCCGAGACAUUAAAUUCCAAGGCUUCCUCAUCCCCAAGGGGACAACCCUCAUCCCCAACCUGUCCUCCGUGCUGAAGGAUGAGACCGUCUGGGAGAAGCCCCUCCGCUUCCAUCCAGAACACUUCCUGGAUGCCCAGGGCAACUUUGUGAAGCAUGAGGCCUUCAUGCCAUUCUCAGCAGGCCGCAGAGCAUGCCUGGGGGAGCCCCUGGCCCGCAUGGAGCUCUUCCUCUUCUUCACCUGCCUCCUGCAGCGCUUCAGCUUCUCGGUGCUGGCCGGCCGGCCCCGGCCCAGCACCCAUGGCGUCUACGCAUUGCCAGUUACUCCACAGCCUUACCAACUCUGUGCAGUGGCUCGCUAGCAGGGGCAGGGGCUCCAUUCUUCUCCCCGGUUUGGUCUGAUUGAUGUCCAAUAAACAACUUCUGUAUCUUC